GCUCGUGUUUCACUGGAAGGUGCUGUACGGUAACACGCUCCGCGCGGCGAUAAUCGCGCAGGCAAGCAGCGGCGCGAAUAAGGGGUGGGUCGCGAUCGGGUGGACCAAGAGCGCGGGGAAGAUGUACCCCGCGGAUGCCGUCGUCGGGAAUCUGGGCAGCAAGCCGGCUAAAGUCGAGCCGUACGCGAUGACCAGCUACAGUGCUGUAGCGAAGUCGAGCGCUUUUACUGUAACGAGCGCAGUUGUAGCGCGGAAAUCGAGGUCUACAGUCAUCAGGUUCACUCGCAGCGGCACGUCGGGAUUAUCGCCGAUCAACUACAAGGGCAGCAACGACAUGGUCUGGGCCUACUCCGUUGACGGCUCCACCACGAUAGGUGGCCACGGUACCAACCG